AUGAAAUAGUUUAAUCAAAAGGAAUUGGAAUCUAUAAAAAAGAGAUUCUGUGGAAUGUCUAAUAAUGGGGAAGUAAACUAUAAAUAAUUUUAAAAUACGAUGGGAAUAUUGGGUAUGGAUCAUGCAACAUUUUUGUUGGAUAGGAUUUUCAAUGUAAUUAGUGAAGGAAAAAAAGUAUUCAGUUUAGAUUAAUACAUAAAAUAUUUGUAAUUAGUUAUGUUUGGAAGUGAAUAAUAAAAGGCAUAAUUAAGUUUUGCUUUUAUAGAUUUAUCAAGAAAAGGUUAUAUUGAAUAUAAAGAAUUUUAAUCAAUGUUAUUAGAUUUAACAAUGUUUUGGAAUUAAAUUACAGGUUCAAGAGUAACUCCAAGAUAAUCAUACAUUGGUAAUCUAUGGGAUUAAUUUGAAUGUGAAAGGUUGGAUUUUACAUUAUUUUAUUAAAAGUAUGAAUUAAUGUAGGAAAGUAUUGAUUGGUUUGAAUAUUUUAAUGAAAAUGAAAUAUUAUUAUAGAGUUUUCCAUAGACAAAUAAAGCAUUUAUUCUUUAAAAUAUGAUUGAUUAACUAUAGAAUGAAAUUAGAAAUUGUGUUAAUUUACUAUCUGAUUAUGAAAGAAAUAAAAAGUAAAUAUUAGAUGAAAGCUUUGUUUAUGGUCCAUGCAAUUUUAGUACUAGUCAAAUAGCUAAAAUUGGAGAUGAUGAUCCAAGUUUUGAGAUUAGUUUUUUAUCAAAUAUUCAAACUAAUUCUUUUAGUUUAUCUAAUUCUAAUGAUCAUCCUUUAGAUUAAGUAUUAAAUAGAUUAGAAUACUUAUAAUAAAUGGUUGAAUAAGCAAUUAAUUUACCUUAAAUGAUUCAAUCAAAUUAUUUUAAAAGUCCUCCAAGAUUAAGUACUCAAAGAAAAAAAAAUACUAUAUUGAAUAUGCCAAAAAGAAAAGCAAAAUAAAAGUUAUCUGUUUAUUUUGGACAUGAAAAUUGGAAUUUGAUUUUAAAUUUAAUGAUUGGAAUGAAAUAAGCAUUGUCAACUAUAUAGCCUGAAUUUUAUGGAAAAAAUCCAUUAUAACAUGAAUUUGCGGAUAGAUAUGUUUAUGAUAUUUUAUAGAACAGAUCAAAUAAUUUUGAUUUUAGAAAGGCUUAUUAAUUUAAAGAUUAUGCACCUUCAAUUUUUUUAAGAAUUAGACGAUAGUAUUUCUAAUUUUGAUAUAGAUUUUAGAUAAGCAAUAAAGACUUCUAAAGAUCAGUGGGUCCUGAAAAUUUGAUUGGUAAUUUGAUGUUUGGCAAGUUAGAUUCUUUAACAGAAUUAGGAUCAACUGGUAAAAGUGGUAGCUUUUUCUAUUAUACAUAAGAUUGUAAUAGUAUGUAUUAAAUUUUUAGGUUAAUACAUGAUUAAGACAAUAUCAGAAAAUGAAGCAAGACUUCUUAGAAAACUACUUCCAAAGUAUUAUUAAUAUGUUUUAACUCAUCCUUAUACUUUACUAAGUAGAAUAUUUGGAUUUCAUCAAUUAAAAAUAUUUAAAAGCAAAACUGAAUUUACUAAAAUUUAUUUAGUUACAAUAGUAAACAUUUUUCGAUCUGGUUUGGAUAUUGAUUUUCGCUAUGAUAUAAAAGGUUUUGUUAUUGAUUAUAUAAAGGAUCACUUUAUGGAAGGUAGACAUAAAAUAAUUAGAAUAAAUAAGUAUAAGACAAUGCUAUAGCUUUAAAAGAUUUAGAUUUUUUGUCAAGAAAGGACAAUUUAAAUUUAGAGCCUUAAGAUUAAAAAUUGCUUAUAAAAACAAUCAUUGAAGAUUGUUCAUUCUUAAAAGAUAAUAAUAUAAUAGAUUACAGUCUAUUAGUUGGUUAUCAUAAAAGAGAUAUUAGUACAAUAUUUAUAAAUUUCAGAUAGGUCGAGCAUUUAUGGUUAAUAAAUUUACAAUAGUUCUCAUCCAUUUGAAAGUUUUGAAGGAGGAAUAUUAUCAAUGGAUAAAUAAUGGAUUUAUUUUAUAGGCAUCAUUGAUAUUCUUACACUUUUUAAGUCAUUUAUAAUAUUAAUUAAUUUUAGUACUAAAAAAUAUUUAGAAUAUGGUUUGAAAUCAACACUUAUAUCAAAUGACAUAUCAUGCAUACCUCCAGCCAGAUAUGCUGAAAGGUUUGCUAAUUUUAUUGCUAGUAAUUUAAUUUUGUAAAAAAGUAAAUGA